AUGUUGGCACCUUUUUGGGCAUACAUCCUGGGUGCAUUAGGACUUUUUAUCUACCAGUCUCUGGAUGCCAUUGAUGGAAAGCAAGCCAGAAGAACAAACAGUAGUUCUCCUCUGGGAGAACUCUUUGAUCAUGGUUGCGACUCUAUUUCCACAGUAUUUGUUGUCCUUGGACCCUGCAUAGCAAUCCGACUAGGAACAAAUCCUGACUGGUUGUUUUUCUGUUGUUUUGUGGGACUGUUCAUGUUCUAUUCAGCUCACUGGCAGACAUAUGUAUCAGGCAUACUAAGGUUUGGAAAAGUUGAUGUAACUGAAGUUCAGAUAGCGAUAACAAUGCUGCUCUUGAUAUCUGCAUAUGGUGGCACAGCAAUAUGGGACCAUAAGGUCCCUUUGGUGGGCUUAGAACUGAAGUUCUUGGCAGUUUUUGGCAUACUGUGCGGAACAGCACUUUCUUUUUUCAAUUACUUCCGUGUCAUCUUUGGCGGAGGGGUUGGAAAGAAUGGAUCUACAAUAGCAGGAACAAGUGUUCUUUCCCCAGGCCUGCACAUUGGACUACUUAUCACACUGGCGAUUAUGAUCUAUAAAAAGUCUACAACUCAGCUGUUUGAAAAACAUUCCUGCCUGUAUGUCUUGACAUUUGGAUUUGUGAAUGCUAAAAUCUCACAGAAGUUGGUGGUGGCUCACAUGACAAAAAGUGAAAUCUGUCUUCAGGACACUGCAUUUAUCGGGCCAGGACUUCUGUUUUUGGACCAGUACUUCAACAGUUUUAUUGAUGAAUAUAUUGUUCUAUGGAUAGCAUUGUUCAUAUCCUUGUUUGAUAUGCUGAGAUAUGCCACUGGUGUAUGCCUACAGAUUGCUGCUCAUCUUCAUAUACAUGUCUUCAGAAUUUCAUCUCAUCAAGCUCCUGAACAGGUUCAAAACCAUAAUGACUGAUUAAAUAGGUCAAGGACAAGAGAAGAAGCAGUUAGGGGAAUGUUGAAUGAAGCAGCCUCUCUUUUUGGGAAGACAGAUUAAGCUUUUCAAGAAAAUAGUUUUAUGAGAACACUCCUCUAUCCCAGAGAUUACCAGAUGUUAGAAUUACUAAAUACAAAGUCCUGCAGCUUCUGUUGUGAUCAGCCCUUUUGAACCAGGAUGUGUUUGCCACAGUGUCCUAAACAUUGCAGCUGUUAUUUCAUACCAUGAAUACACCAUCUGAACCUUUUGCCAUUUCCUGUUAGGUAACCUUAACUCUGUACUUCUGGUCUGGUGAAUGUAGACUGCAAACCAAGGUGCUACCAACCAGAACUGGAAGAGGGAUUUCACUUUUUCCCUAGACUAAGUGACUAAUCUUUUACAUUAGCUUCUAAAGUCUUCUUGGAACAGCUAUGAAGUGGUAGUCAGAGGUACUGAUUAGUACACCACUGCAUUAUUAAGACUGGUAAAAUGAGGCAUCCAUGAGGUAAAACUACUCAUUAAUGGUGUUUCGAAAGAACAAGUUACUGGAUCAGUAGGAUGAAGGAGGUAUAGGUCAGGAAGAUUUUCUUCUAUUUCAAAAUACUGUUAUGAGUGCCUUUAGGAUUCAUGCAUUCUCUAGUAUCUACGUACAUAACCUACUGUUACUACAUACAAUUGUAGCUUGUAUUUUCUUUUAAGGACAGUUUCUGGUUUAGUGGUUAUAAUAAGGUUUGCCUCAUUGUACUCCAUUAUCUACACUAUAGGUAGUUGUGUACUUUGAGGACACCAGCUUUACCUACCCUAACUUGUAUCUGUGAAACUGCACAAGUGAAUGACAAAAUUCAUCGAUAAACUUAAAUGACUGUGACUGUUUGACUGUGACAAUGGAACCCACCCAUAUGUAAUUCCCUCUGAAGUAUAUUUGCUAUCUCUGUGUUCAUCUACCUUAUCUGAUUUGUCUUGUAACUAUCACUGUACUUUAUUCAAACAAAACUGCACAGAACUAAAACCUAACGUAUAGUGAAACUCUCCAAAAGAGGAAAUUGGGCCCACUAUCAGCCUUUCUCUUUAAGGAACGACCCCCUGGCUAACGGGCUGUUGCUGUCAUUAGAGAAAAGCAGAAUGAAAGUAGCUUAUUAUCUGUAUGAGCAAAUCAGAACUUGAACACAAACCCUGUAAGCUUAAGCUCCUUUAAAGAGGUACUAUUUGAAUAUGAUUUUUGUAAAAAGCUGUUGAAUGUAAGUGUUCGUUACCAUUUUCAGAUGCUGAUAUCUAGCUGAGCUGUGAGUUCAUGAAGUCCUUCCUGAACUGUACAAUAAAGAAUGCUAUGGUUUGUUUUAAAAAUAA